ACCACGUUCAGCCAAGCACGUAAGCCAGCGUCUUGACUAAUAAUAAACUGACGACCUUUCAUACUUCUCUUACAUAGUCGAUCUUUCAAAGUAUCUCUCGAUUUCAAUUGUUCGGUGGAUAACCUCAUUGCGAAGUCUAAGUCAGUUCCAGCAUAAUGGCAUCUCUCACGGACGGGGAAUACCCACCCACUCUCACGGCCGAAGAAAAGGACGCUCUCAUCGAGACCGUCAAGGACUGGUCAAUAGGUAAUGGCCUCGCAGUCAGACCUCCUCCCACAGUCAUAGCCGCCGAGGCAGACCCCAAAAGCAUCGCUGCUAUCAAUGUUCCUGUCACCCUCUUUCCAAGUCCAUUUCCCAAGCAAUGCUUCGCGCAGGGUAAGGCAGUUCAAAAGACUUACAACGAGCUGUAUGCCUCAGUGAGCAGGGAUGAAGAAUUCUUGGCUCAGGUCGUGAAGGAGGUCUCGGAUGGUGAUGAGUUUAUUCGAAACUUGUGGGACGUUCAUACCAAGGUUAAGGCUGAGGGAUAUACACAGCCCCUUUCUCUGGGCUUGUUUCGCUCAGACUAUAUGGUGCAUCAGGAUACUGAGACCUCCAAGUCUUCUUUGCAAGUCAAACAGGUUGAGUUCAAUACCAUUGCUUCUUCGUUCGGUGGCCUCUCGACACACACCUCUGCUCUUCACAAAUAUCUUGCUACAACCGAGUACCCAAUUUUGGAAAACCCUGUUACCCAAGGAUCACUAGACUUGCCCGAGAACACCAGCGCUCGUGGCUUAGCAGCAGGUAUUGUGGAGGCUUACAACAUUUAUCCCGCCUCUGAACUCGGCCACCAGAAGUGUGUCAUCUUUCUCGUACAAGACGGCGAGAGGAACAUCUUCGACCAGCGCCAUCUUGAAUACCAAAUCAUAAACUCUUCGUCAUCUAUCCCUGUGUUCCGACUACCUUAUUCCCAAAUCCUGCAGCACACCAAGAUUGCAGACACCUCUAAACGCCAGCUUCUGUACGCCCUUCCACGAAACCAUUCAAAGAUUUACGAAGUUGCUGUGAUCUACAUGCGAUCCGGAUAUGGACCUUCUGAUUACCCUGAUCAACAAGCUUGGCAAGCUCGUUACCACCUAGAGAGGUCGAAUGCUAUUAAAUGCCCUAGUGUCCUGACCCAAUUAGCUGGAACGAAGAAGGUUCAACAAAUUCUCGCAACACCGCGCCCUUCAACAGAGUCCUCGGCUCUUAGUAAGUUCAUUCGUGAUGACACAGACGACGCAGCUGAGCUGUGGCGCACAUUUACCAACAUCUACCCCAUGGAUAUCAGCGAUGCUGGCCUUGAGGCUCGAAAGAAGGCCCUCGACCCCAAAAUCUGCCAAAAUUAUGUGUUGAAGCCCCAGCGUGAAGGUGGUGGCAACAAUAUCUAUCGAGGUGCUAUUCCAGACUUCCUCAAAUCUGUUCCUGAAUCCCACUGGGGAUCUUACAUUCUCAUGGAGCUCAUCACUCCCCCACCAGUCAGUAACAUCAUUCUUCGCAAUGGCAAUCUAGAGCAAGGCGGUGUUAUUUGCGAGCUGGGGAUCUACGGUACCUGCAUCUGGGACCAGAGCACAGGCGAAGUUCACCACAACGAGGAAGCCGGGUAUCUUUUGCGCACAAAGGGCGACAAGAGCGAGGAAGGUGGCGUCGCUGCUGGUUUUGGAUGUAUGGACAGUUGUGCGUUGGUAUAGAUGCUCUUAGAUUUCCGGUAUAACUAUUUCUGCGACUAGACAGACAUCCAUAUCGACAACAUACAAUUUCAUGUUGACCAGCAUGUCUGCCUUCCCAGAGGAACCCUUACCUGCUGUAUUAGAAAACUUGCCGAAAAGGGGGAG